AUCACCAAUCAAUUCUCUACCAACAUUAUAAUUAAAAAAAAAAAUGAAAGAAAAAACUGGAAUUCACUGACAAGAGUGGAAUAUUCUUGAUUUUAUGACAGUCUGCAGAUAAGAAAAACUUGGUUCUUAUCUUUUGGUAUCAGUAGCAAUGAGAAGACUUAGCUUGACCAGAUACUGUGAAGACUGCUAUUUGUGCAUGAUGAUGAAAUUAUUCAUAAUUUUGUGGAUAAUAUUGAUGUGAAGAAAAGUUAUCAACCAGGAAGUGAAAUUUAGAAGAGAUUAUCAAAUAUGUGCACUAAGAGAAAGGAAAAGAAAAGAAACAAAGUGAGAGGAAAGAAAGAGAUAUAGAGAAAGGAUAUCAUUUUCAUUUGAAAAUAAUCUCUCCCACUAACCAUGAUUUCUUUCAAGAAAUGAACCUUUUAAUAUGGCACAAGAUCUUCUAAGCAGCCUUUUCCUCCCCAUUCCACCAAAGGUUUCUUCUUCACUAGCAAUGAUAAAGCUACCUCUGAAAAUGACACCUCUCUCUCUUUGUCUAUGUGUGUGUGUAUGUGUAGUUUUUUCUUUCCCCUAUAUAUUGAGCUCACUAAUACCCCUCUUCUCAAAAAAACUUCUCUCCUUUUGCAAGCCAUACUUCCCCAUUUCAUUUGGUUAUUUCUUCUUUUACUUUCUUGUUUUGAACUCUUGAUGAGCAGAUUUCUAUUGGGCAUUUCCCUCUCUUGCUAGUUAUUGUGAAUUGAAGAAAUCUCCAAUGGCUGCUACGGAUAUUGUCAACUCCACCAACGAGGUUGCGCUAAAGGUGACAGAAGAUAACAUCAGUCCUGCGGAUGCUGUAGAGGUGACCAGAGACAGCAAUGAGAAUGGACAGACAGAUUCUCUUCGUCAGAACAAGAAACCGUUUGCCUGGAAGAGCACAGGAGGGUGGACAGCUGCAGGCAUCUGUCUAGUGAAUCAGGGUCUAGCUACACUAGCAUUCUUUGGAGUUGGUGUGAAUUUAGUUCUGUUCUUGACAAGAGUUCUUGGUCAAGACAAUGCUGAUGCUGCUAACAGUGUUAGCAAGUGGACUGGAACAGUCUAUAUGUGCUCACUCAUUGGAGCUUUCCUCAGUGAUUCUUACUGGGGCCGUUACUUGACCUGUGCACUUUUUCAGCUGAUUUUUGUUGUGGGGUUGCUGCUGUUAUCGCUAUCAUCCUGGUUUUUCCUGAUCAAACCAGAAGGAUGUGGUGAUGGGGUACAAGUCUGUAAUCCAGCAUCAUCACUUGGUGUGGCCACUUUCUAUCUUUCCAUAUACUUAGUAGCAUUUGGAUAUGGUGGCCAUCAACCCACUAUAGCUACAUUCGGAGCAGACCAAUUUGAUGAAGGAAAGCCUAAACAGAAGAAUUCGAAAGCAGCUUUCUUCUGUUACUUCUACUUUGCACUUAACUCUGGAUCUUUAUUCUCAAACACCAUUCUAGUUUACUAUGAAGAUACGGGAAGAUGGACAUUAGGCUUCUUGGUAUCAUUAGGCUCUGCAGUCGUUGCCUUGAUAUCGUUUUUACUCGGGACUCCUGGAUACCGCUACAUAAAACCUUGUGGCAACCCUUUGCCACGAGUGGCUCAGGUAUUUGUGGCUACAGCUAGGAAAUGGCAUGUGAAUCCAGCUAAUCCUGAAGACCUCUAUGAAAUAGAAGGUUCAGAAUCUAUAAUCAAAGGGAGCAGAAAGAUUCUUCACAGCAAUGAGUUUGAGUUCUUGGAUAAGGCAGCAACUAUAACACAGGAUGAUACGAUCAGGCAAAAUGACCGCUGGAGACUUUGCACCAUAACUCAAGUUGAGGAAGCCAAGUGUGUUUUAAAAAUGAUACCAAUUUGGUUAUGCACUAUAAUAUAUUCUGUCGUCUUCACACAAAUGGCUUCCCUAUUUGUUGAGCAAGGAGAUGUUAUGAACUCUAACGUUGGGGAAUUCCACCUUCCGGCCGCUAGCAUGUCUGCCUUUGAUAUCUGCAGUGUCCUUAUUUGCACAGGAAUUUACAGGCAAAUCCUGGUUCCUGUAGCUGGGAAACUGAGUGGUAACCCCAAGGGAUUAAGUGAGCUCCAAAGAAUGGGAAUAGGACUCAUCAUUGGAAUGCUUGCAAUGGUAGCAGCUGGUGCCACUGAGAUUGAAAGGCUUAAAAAUGUUACUCCAGGACAAAGGAUAAGUUCCUUAAGCAUAUUCUGGCAAAUCCCACAGUACGUGCUUGUUGGUGCAUCUGAAGUUUUCAUGUACGUUGGUCAGCUAGAGUUCUUUAAUGGGCAAGCACCAGAUGGUAUAAAAAGCUUCGGAAGCUCACUCUGCAUGGCUUCAAUCUCCCUUGGAAACUUCGUCAGCAGCUUGUUGGUUAAUAUGGUAAUGGGGAUUACAGCGAAAGGGGAGAAGCCUGGAUGGAUUCCAGAUGACUUGAACACAGGACAUAUGGACAGAUUCUACUUCCUGAUUGCAGCCUUGACAGCUUUUGAUUUUGUCAUCUACUUGUUAUGUGCUAAGUGGUACAAACCUAUCAACCUUCAGGAGGAUGAUGAUGGUGAGGACAAUGAGAAAGAAUGUGAAAUGAAACAACAAGAAGAAGAAGAAAAUAAUGUGGUGCAAAGAGUUUGAUACAACAAAUUAGCCAUUAAGAGCAUCAACUAUUAUUUCUAGGGUUUCUUUUUCUUCUUUUUGGUCUUAGUUUAUAAAAUUAUCAAUAAAUUGUUGGGAUCACUAUCCAUUUCUGCAAGGAAGCAUGACAUUUUUGUUUAUUAUGGAUGAUUGCUUUCUUCUUUGGAUAGCAGAAUUAGAUAUGUAAUCAAGCUUGUUUAUGUUUUUCAAUGAAGAAUUUUUUUUCUUUC